GUAUGUAUCGCCACAUUUUCAGCCGCGAUAAACUGUCUUGUCGCUGAUGGCAAGAAAUUUGCCCAUCCACUCCAUCAUCUUGGUAAGAGAGAAAGUGAUUUGCCAUUGAUUGCGAUCGACUCUUUCCGUCAUAUGUAUCUAUUUCCAAACACAAACGACAUGACCCAUCCAGGAAAACUACGUCAGUUCGUGCUUGAUCUCCACAGUGGCAAGUUGCAUCGAGAGUUCCAUCAUGGUCCAGAUCCGGUCGUUCAGCAGGUCACUGUCCAACCGGAUGAAAUAGUUAGAUAUCAAAAAUAUAUUCAGAGUGGUAUUCCGCCUGGUUUUUGCAUGAGGAUUGGCUUUUUGGGAGAAUGUGCAGAAAAGAAAGGUCCUCUGGGAGUAUGUGCGGAAAGGGAAGGAAAGGCCUUUUUGGGAGAAUGUGCAGAAAGGAAAAUAUAA